AUGAAGAGUCUGGAAGAGGCUGUAACCAAGCUUGAUGGGGAGCUGAGAAAAAUUUCCCAAAGUAUAGAAGAAAUGGAGAAAAAAAUUGAAGCAAAAAACUCUGAGAUUCAGGAUCAUGUUCAAACCGUUUCUAAAAAAGUCCAAGGUAUGGGUAUCCUGGCUGCCUUGGUGCCAUUUAUUGGAGCCAUUAUUAAAUCCAUAUAUGAAACUGCGACUGCCCCUGGUGUUAAUGCUCAAAUUCAAGCUCUCAACGCCGAUCUGACCCAUCUCACCUCUGAGAAGAUCAGUCAGCAAAACAGAGAGUGGACGAUCCAAGUCAAACUGAUGGAUCUUCAGCUGCAGCUGGCCUCUUCUAGAAUACAGCUGGGUGUGAUUCCCAAUCCUGUCCAUCUGAAGGACGUCCAGCAGUGUCUUUCUCGAAUCCAGCAGAUUCUGCUUCAGCUUAAAAUGUUCUGGGAGAAAGUGGGAGCUCUGCUGGACACAAUGAAAGACAACACCUUUGUUAAUGAGGAUGCCACUGAGGACCUGGACGCCCUGAAGGAGGAGUUUCUGCAGUCUAUUAAAAUAGCAGGAGAGUACUGGAAUGACUUCGGUAAAUGCUGUGGAAGUGCACAAGGUGUUUUCAGCGUUCAGUCUAAAGAUGCAUAUAAGUUCCUGGAGAUCAAUCCGUCUUCGUUCUCAGAGGAUGAACGGAAGGAGCAGUACGAGUCUGUCAUGAUGAAGCUGCAGCAGAUCAGUCCACAGUAUUCAUCCACCGCCGCCAUCACCGAGUGA